CUUUAGUGCUGCCAUGGUAGGCAGAAACUUAUUCCAGUGUUUCAGAUUGUAAGAUCAGUCCAGACCCAAAAUUCAUUGUUGCCUCUCUUGCUUCACUCUCUGUCCUCCGGCAAUCAAACUAGGCGACUAUAUCCGGUGAUUGCACCAUCGGGGACCAUAAAGUUUGCUUAGCGCCACGUCUCACACGGCCUUCAAGCCCAAUAUCAAUGUGUGGGUACAAGUGACUGCCCACUUCGUUUGUCACGUGCGUACCCGCACUAGCGCGUUUUCCAGGCUACAUCAACCCCACCACCUCUCUGUAUGCGACCCCAGCCCAGCUACUUACCUCGCACACCGCUAUUCGGCCGAGGAUGGUGACGAAGGGAGUCAAUCGUUUUGCGCUGCUAGCCGAUGACGGCAGUCCUCCUUCUGAAGCGGACGAAAACCGCAAUGUCAAACCCCAUAUCUCGAACGGGAACACGGGCCCUCAUGAACCUGCUACGCAUUCCAGCUCACAGUGGAAAGAGAAUGUGAAGCCUGUUGGUACCCGCCACUCCAAUGCGCUGAAAACACUCGUCAUUCGAGGUCUAGAGUACCGCGCUCCAGCGCAUUCAAAGCAAAAGAGUCCUCCAUUUGUAUCGCCCGUAUCCCAGGUGGAUGAUUCCAACUCCGGCCGCAAUGGGUUUCCAGAUCACUGGUGCGGCGUGUGCCAAGCGGCGUUUGGUAGCAAGGCUGCUCUGUACACUCAUGCAAAACACACCCCGAGGCACGAGAACUACUGCAACCUGUGCACUCGCGUGUUUAAAGAUCGGAAUGGUUUAAAGAAUCAUGUCGAUAACUCAGUGGGCCAUGAGAUAUUCUGCAACUCAUGCCUAAGUGCAUUCAAAGACACCAACGGCCUUCGCAAUCAUUUCGAGAACAAUUACGUGGUCGGCCAUGAAUUUGCAUGUCUGGUGUGUUUGAUGGCAUUCAAGAGCAGGAAGGAAAUGGAACAUCAUCUCCAGACGGCUAUGAACCAUGUUUGGUGCCGCACUUGCCAUCGGCGCUUUAGAAACCAGGACGAGCGUGAUGAGCACUGGAUCAAGACAACUAGGCACAAACACUGCUUGCAAACCGGCUGCGACUUUGAUGGUCCGAACCAAGAAGCGCUCCAGAAGCACAUGCUGGAGGGUCAUUACCACUGUGAUAAUUGUGGUGUCGUCUUCCCAAGCCAAACCAAGCUCAACGCGCAUAUUCAGUCAUGCUUCUUGUGCAAGGCGUGUGACUUUCAUACUAGUCAUGAAGGUAAUUACCUCAAUGUAAGCAUCUUCCUCCCUCAUCACAUGACCAAGCACGUCCCACCAACGCUCUCAUGCUGGGCUUGCCAGAUCCCUCUCAAGACUCAGAGCAGCCUUAUUAACCACAUCGAAUCUGGAGGCUGUCCACUGUUCCCAAACCCCGAUCGCUUCACCAAGCUUCUCGGUCGGUGGUGGUAUUCAACCCUGUACAUGGACAUCGGUAUUCAUGCUCAGCUCCGCCAGGGCAGCGUUGAUAUGGACACUCUCAAUGAAAUGGUCCAUGCAGGUGCAAUCGAACCAUUUGUGUGCCGCGCAGACGGCUGCGGAAGGGUAUUCCGACACAUGAGCAGCUUGGUAUUGCAUGUAGAGAGCCAAGCAUGUGAGUGGGAUGUCCAGAGGCUUGGGCUGGACAAGCUGAAGGAUAUCUUUCAGCAGGAAUUUUCAAUUCCGGGACGAGUGGACCAGGUAACCCAUUAA